ACCGCCGAACCAUGGACUCCUCUUGGCUGGGAUUGGACGACUUUUUCUCCAGCUCCAGCACCAGUCGUCGGUCCAGAGUGUCGCUGCAUUCCACGACUCGACGUUCGCGACUCGGCUCUGUCGCUGACAGGAUCAAGAUCGACUUCGGCCCGACCGACAUAGAUCUCGAUUUCGACACGAGUGCUUUUCGUAGGACCUUGCUCCGCGAGUUUGACGGAUUUCCCGGGGAAACCGGCUCGAAACUCAAAAAGUCUGCUUCCAAGCAGGAGUCUAAAACGGAGAAAGAAAAAGUUGCCGAGAGUGUGAAGAGUGAAACGGAAUUUGACACUGUCAGAGAAUUAAGACUGAAGCUACAGCAUUGCCAAGAGGAGAACUCCAAACUACAGGCUGUCAUCACAGAUCUCACCCAAGUCAACAAAAGGUGGCAGAAGUAUAAUAAUGAUAGGCAGAUCUACGUACAGCAGUUGCUCAAUACUAUUCAGGAUCAGCAGGAGCAACUUAACCACAUUGGGGAGAGAACGUUCAAUAGCUCAUCAUCAGUUAUCACCCAGAACUGCCAGGUAUCAAGUCACAGUCCCCCGGCGGAGGAUGAGGUAGAGAGGCUGCGAGGGGUCGAGCAGAAGCUCAAGGAGAAGGUUUCCAUCCUGGAGUUCCAAGUCAAGGCCCACCGUGAUGAUUGGGAGGCUGAGCUCAACGAGAAAAAACAAGCAUUGAAAGACAAAGAGGCUGUAGAACUGAAACUAGCAGAGCUUCUGGCAGAAAUGCAAUUACCAACUCCUGUUGGGGAGAGGAGAGAAGGGAGAGUGGAACUGUUCUGUAAGAACUGUGGCCAGGUGAGGGAGUAUGACAGAUCUCCACCUCCCCGCAGUAGAAUGUACCGCACUGCCGUCCACCUGCCCUGCUCCAACGUCUCUAGUUACCACAGUUCCUCUACGUCCAUAUCCACCACAGGAGAUGAGCUUGUGAUAGACAGCAGCAGUAAAGUGACAGAUGAUCUCUCUCCACUAUGGAACAUCAAGGCUGACGAGACGUCAUACUCUCGUAGUUCUACAGUACCGUUGGUGACGAGGCCUUCUCCAUUACCAGUCACCGUCAAAUCCUUUGUACAGAUUCCUGUUGUCAAGUCUUCCUCUAUGCCAGAAGGUAACGCUUCCAAGAUUCCGGAUUUACCUCAAAUGUCUCUGGGCUCUUUAGAUUACUUGACGAAUGUUCCUCCGGUUUCCUCGGUCCAUUCGUCGGAUCAGUACGCUGGAGUGGAGACGCUCUCUGGGGAAAAUGUGAUUUGCCUUCGUUGUGGUCAAGUUUUUCCUCCUGAUAUGCACUUAAAGUUCCUGGACCACUUCCCAAAAUGUAAGUCAAAUAGAAAGACGAAUAGUGUUUCAAAAGACAGUCUACCUAAAGUGUGAUCAACAAAAUGUUAUUUUAUUUAUUUGUUGUUUUGUUAUUACUCUAGCUUUAUUAUGUUUUUAAGUUAACUCGCUUUCAAGUGUGACUGUAAUGAGCUCUUUUGAAUAAUAAGACAAUUUAUGUUUAUCAAAGAUAAAUUAUUGUUGUGAUAUUUUUUUCAAAGACUAAAAAAAAUACCUAAUGCUGGGUAGUUUAAUCAUUAUUAAUAUUAUAACAAUUGCAGCUUUAAACUAUGAUUCACCUACUUAAAGGUUUCUCAAAUGUUAAUUUUAUUUUUUUCAUACUACUGUACUGUAUUUUUUUAAUGUUUGAAGCAAAACUAAGAACAUUGUUCAUAAGCACACAAAAAUAUACUAUAUGGUUUUGUUAUAACAGGAUUUUCAAAAAUAUUGCUGAAAAUAGAAAGUUUAAUUCAAACGUUGUUGAACAAUUUAAAUAGUAGAAUGCUCUUUACACAAACAUUAAUGAUCUUGAAGAUUGAAGUAUUUCACAGAGUUCCUAAUACAAUGUGAGCACUGAGAGAUUAUAUUGUGAUAUUCUCUAUGGGAUUCAUCCCCCUAAACAUUCAAAGUUACCAAGUUCUUAUGUGAAUUCCCCUAUCAACUGUAUUUGUAUUUUUGUCAAAGUCUUGCAUAUUUUAAAAUUGUAUGGCUAACGACUAAAACAAAGUAAUUAUUUUUAUUGGUUUAUUUUGAACACCAUUGGUAGGCUAUAUUGUAUGUUUUUUGCUAAAAAUGAGAUACUAAGGGAUCUGAUCCCAUCUCCACAUGAUGAUUUCACACUUCUAUACAACUUAAAUAAUUAAUGAAACAAUUCUCCUCUUGUUUACUUUAGUACCAUGAAUUCUUUCAGAUUAUGAGUCUGUAAAUUCACAUUCUUUUACCAAGACCAGAAUCCAAUCAAACUACGGUAAAUUACAAAGAAAUAAUAAACGAGAGUGUAUUUUUAAAUAAGAUUUUGCAAAUCCUUCUGAUUGGAUUGUGUUGAACUUUGAACACUGCUUUAUUUAUGAUAGAAGAUGCAGAACUGAAAUAACAAGGUGCUAAGUUAUUUAAAAUUUAUAGGCCUAGUUGUCGCAAGUAAAUUGAUUAUUUAAAUUGCUAAUAUGUGCACACAACGGGUUUAGGCAUACACUUAAAUUGGUUUAUUGAAUCUCAAACAAAAAUUGUUACAACUUUGUGUUAGUACUGUAUGAAUGCUGUUGUUAGGUAUGAACAUGACUGAUUUAAGUAAUGGUGGCACAGCUGUAAAGUUAGGCGAUUUCAUACAAAACUUAACCCUUUCAGAUAUGUCACACAAAGCAAAGUCGACAAAGGUAUUAUUUAUUAAUAUAAAGUUACUAAUGACAUCAGAUCUACUCUAAUUUAAAGUUAGAUUCAUUAUCAUUUUACGAUAAUUGAAAAAAAUUCUGUUAUUAUGAUAUUGUUACCGAUGGCAUAUCGAGUUCUUAAACAUUUCUUUUGUCUGUAUUUCUUAUAAAAUAAUUGGCUGCAGCUCAUCAAUGAGUAUAAUAUUUUAUUGCCCUUGUUUAUAUUACAGUUGUUUAUAUUAAGACUCCCUCUUAUCCGGACUCGUCGGGACCGCGGCCAGUCCGGAAAACGGUUUUUUUCCGGUUAAACCGACGUCCCCAAAACUCGUUAAAACGUACCGUUUAAAUGCAUUCUGUAUAUAGUAUUUGACUUAAAUUUAGGAGAGCAUUGUAUUCACACAUGUGAUCACUGGUCUCAAAUCUUUCCCACGGGAACAGUCGUUUCAUUACCUCCCACUUCCUGCCGAUCUAGUCCAGUUAAACCGAUGUGAUGAUAAAAAUUGUCCGGUUAAAGAGAUGUCAUUUCUGCCAUGUGUAGUCCGGCUAAACCGAUGACCGGUUAAAAGGUGUCCGGAUAAGAGGGAGUCUACUGUAAUCCAAUUUAUAUAAUCUGUAGAAUCAAAUAUUGCUAACCAAAAGCCGCCAUAUGAAUGAUUUUGAGUUUUUAAAUAGUGUUGAACGUAUAGGUAUUGUUUUGAACCAAUGAGUAAAAACUUUAUAAGAAGCAAAAUGCUUAUGGAGAUUUGUCAGACUCAAAUUUGUCCUGUGAAAUGAGCUUCGCGUCGCCGCUGCGUUACUCUACCUCUCUAAGCCGAUUCUUUGCCUCACUAUCUCACUCAGUCAGUUGACAUGGCGGCGCGUUCGUGAUAGUAGCACCUUCGAUACCUAGCGGCCGCCACGGGAACUAUCCGAAAUUCAAAUAUUCCCAUACUGAAUAUUUAACAUAACCAUUGCGCUUCUUAUAAAGUUUGUAUUCAUUGUUUGAACCUUUGACCAUUGAUGCAACUUGAUUUUAAAACUUGAAACAGUAUAGGUAUUAUUCUAUGACUUUAUAAAAAAAUACUAUUUAAUGAUUAUAAAACAGUGGCGCCGUGUAUCUUAUGCUGAAGCAAUUAUUCUGCAACUUGUCUAAAUAAACAUAAAUUCAGAAUGCACGCAUCGUUUUAAUAAUCACUUUGAAGGGUUAUUGUUGUGAUUCAAUAAUAAUCACAAUAGUCAGUAUCCAAUAAUCAAUGGUUUAAACACAUCAUAUUGGGGUUGUUAAACUUAUUAUGUCGUAGAUUUCAAUUGUUUCUUGAACAUAGAUGAUUCUUAAUGUAGCUCAGAUAAGCUUGUAAACUUUGUAACCCAUCAGGCCAGAGCAUAUAUGAUUUAUUUACUUUUCUUAUGUUUGUAAAAUAGAUUUAAUUUAACAUUUUAAAAGCCAAAACGCAUCAUGUCAACCAGAAGACCUGUAUCUGCUAACAUUUUAGAGCUUGUUAUUUAUUUUUCAUACCUUUGUUAAUUUAAUAUUGUGUAAAUAAAUAUUGUACAUAGUAUAAUUUAAAUAAAUCAAGUUUUGUAUAUUGACAGAUUUGUAAAUAUGGUAUACCUAAAACAUGAAAAGUAGAAGCGAGAAGCAUUGUGUACUGAAGAAAUAUUUUAAUAAUUAGAAGUAUACCUAAUGCAAUUGAUUGAUAUUCUAGAACCUGUUAUUAUCAUUUUAAACUUUCAUUGAAUUUUUGUACAGAGAAAGCUAUUACAUUAAUCCAUAGUAAGCACGUACUUUGUACGUAAAACCUUAUGUAUAAACUUCUUAUGUAAAAUGUUUGUAUAUAUUAUCUCAUGAAAAUUUUGUAUCAAAAUAAAUACAUGAUAGUUA